AUGGCGGUGGCCUACAGGCGAGGCAUUAUACAAGAAACGCUGGUGCCGGUCCCAGCCACUGGCCUGCAAUAUCACAUGCUCUUCAAAGUGACCAUCAUUGUGGGCGUGUUGCUGUUGUUGGUGUGCACCCAAAGCGCGGAUGCCAACGGUCAUCAGAAGAAGAAAAAGGUCGUUAUACAUGUACCGGUCCACAAGAAGAUCGAAGAACACACACAUACCAUUAUAAAGCAUAUACAUCAUCAUCACAAACCGAUUGUCAUUAAAGAGGAAAAGGUCAUACACGAAGAGCAUCAUCCGAUUAUACACAAAGAGCACAUCUCUCACGAGCAUCAGCAUCAUCACACGGAGAAGCACGAACAUGUGCAUCCGAUUUUCGAGGAGGAAGAGGAACAUAUACACCAUCACCAUCAGUACGAGCACAAGGAGGAGAGUCAUGAGAGCUGA